AUGACAACUAUAACAGAUAAGAAUAAGGGAAGAUUAUGAUAGAAUCUCACAGAAUGUAGAGAUAACUUCGUGAAAGUACAGACAAGCAAUCCCGGGAAUAUCCAACAAGUGGUUAAUGGAACGCGUCUUUGUCGACCGGCACUAAUAGCGAAAAUUGACAAAGAAUAAUAUUAAAGUUGAACGAAAUACGUAGAGGACACCUGACGCUACGACGCUACGUGCUGCGUACGUGCUCGAGAGGGAACAGCAAAUGGCGGACGCUCGAAGUGGGAGAGGGGUCACGUGAUUGGUAACCGACGCGCGGAAAUUCAAAAUUACGAAUCGCUCUCAAACUCUUCGGUGGUUUCAUUAUUCUCCAACGCACAGCGCUAUCGUCGAAAUUUCUACAUAUGUAACAUGUAUAUAACAUUUAUCCUAUACAUAUAUGUAUUAUUAUUUAUUCUUUACAGAUCUCAAGCUAAAUAUCGUAGCUUCAAACAUCUACACGUAAACGAUUGUUAAAUGAUUGGUGCGAAAGUGAAUGCCAAAGCUUCGUUAGGCUUUAAUUAUGAGAAGAAAGACACAUUUCGUUCCACGAUGACGAGAGAAACUCAUGUCACUGUUCGAUAUAAUAGUUGCUAAUUCAACUCCGUUCAUAACAAUCUUAGCUUGCCAAAUAAAAUAAAUGAAUGAACAUUUAAUGUACGAAAUCCGUUUGACGUGUUCACUUUUAUUCUCCUCCUUCAGAAGGUUUCAGUGAUAAAGAAGGAGUACAAGCCCACCUAUAAAUGUCAACGUGUACAUUUGCUACGUGUAUACGUAGUACUGUUCCUCGAUUUUUUCGUUCAACUCAAACUAAACAGAUGAAAUGAUCCACGUAUUUUGAAUGUGCUCAUGCAGGAUAUAACUAUAAACAUGAAACAACAGAAAACAAAUACUCAAGCAUUAAAAUACAUUAGUUUAGUUACUCUUACAUUACAAAAUGCUGUCGUCGGACUUAUUAUGCGAUAUGCGCGAACGAGGUCAGGAGAUAUGUUCCUUUCAUCAACUGCCGUUGUUAUGGCAGAAGUAGUGAAACUCUUAACAUGCCUGGUACUAUUUUUCAUCGAGGAGGGUAGCAUCUCAAAGUUCAUUAAUGGCUUAAAAUCGACUAUUAUAAAGCAGCCUAUUGAUACUCUAAAAGUAUCUGUGCCAUCACUUUUAUACAUUAUCCAAAACAAUCUUUUAUAUCUAUCAGCAUCUAAUUUAGAUGCUGCAACUUAUCAGGUGACGUACCAAUUGAAAAUCUUGACAACCGCAUUCUUUGCCAUUGUAAUAUUGCGGCGAUCGUUAAGAAAUACUCAGUGGGGAGCUCUAAUAUUAUUAGUCUUGGGAGUAGUAUUAGUACAAUUGGCACAAGGUUCCGAGGAAGCUGUGCCUUCUGGAAUAAAGCAAAACCGUCUGCUCGGAUUCGCGGCUGCUUUAAGCGCAUGUUUUCUGUCAGGAUUCGCGGGGAUCUACUUCGAGAAGAUACUGAAGGACUCAGACAUAUCGGUGUGGAUGAGAAACAUCCAAUUGAGUUUACUGUCGUUGCCUUUCGGGCUGAUCACUUGCUUCAUAAACGACGGUAAAAUACUACAGAAGCAAGGUUUCUUCUUCGGCUACGAUAUAUUCGUUUGUUACUUAGUCGUACUUCAAGCAGGCGGGGGUCUUAUCGUAGCGGUCGUCGUUAAAUACGCAGACAACAUACUUAAAGGUUUCGCUACGUCUUUAGCCAUUAUUAUUUCCUGUAUAGCUUCUAUAUAUCUUUUCGAUUUUAAUUUGACCCUCCAAUUCGCGAUCGGUGCCGUUCUCGUGAUCUGCUCGAUCUUCAUGUACAGUUAUCAGCCGAAACCUGCGUUUAUGGAUAAACAUUCGCCGACUGAUAAAGUUUGAUACGAAUUUUAACCAUUUUCUACGUGAGUCUCACUGGACUGUAAAACAUAUGUGACGACGUCGAUGUCAAUGACAUUCACGCAACAGUACAAUUGAAUACAGAUUUGUACGGACGUACGAUUGAAAGAAGCUUCUCAUAGCUCACUCUUUAUCAGUAUUUUCUACAUGAAAAUUGAGCAAAUUUAUGCAUCGAGUAACGGCAGUAAUAGUUUACUUGGUGGAAGUACGAACAUGUUGAACGUGUGUUCAGAUAAACUGUGUGAAACUUAUCUAAGAAUUAUAUAGAUAUAUGUAAUUACACUUUUAUAUGAAAUUAACUACAUGGUAUGCAUAA